UUGUCACAGGUCUAACCUUUUUCUGUCUAUAAAAAUGAUGCACACCGCGACCCCAAAACUCCCCUUGCCACUUCCUCUUCCUCUUCUUCCUCUUCCUCUUCACUCUUUUUCUCGGCAGAAAGAGAGUGAAAACAUAUGUAGUAGCAGAGGAUCAUUGGCACUUCAAUACCGACCUCUGCUUCUUUAUCCAUUCACUCUUGUAUCUGAGCCGCAACUCUAGCACGCCAGUUCAACUCAAACAUCGGAGGAAAGCCAUCAUGGAUCUGUUACCAUACUCUCCGCAUUCUCCUCCUCAAUUGUUGUUCGGUUUCUUCCUUUUUCUCUUUUUCAAAGGAAUUUCAGGGGCUACAUUUACGUUUGUGAAUAAGUGUGAUUACACGGUGUGGCCUGGAAUUCUAGGAAAACCAGACAUCGGCAGCACGGGAUUCGAGCUGGCACGUGGGGGCUCUAAGAGCUUCCAAGCACCCACGGGCUGGUCCGGAAGAUUCUGGGCCAGAACCGACUGCAAAUUCGACGAGUCCGGCCGCGGAACUUGUGCCACCGGCGACUGCGGCUCUAGCCAAAUCCAGUGCAACGGCGCUGGCGCCACGCCUCCGGCGACACUAGCCGAGUUCACACUCGGCUCAUCCGGCUCCCAGGACUAUUAUGACGUCAGCCUCGUCGACGGCUUCAAUCUGCCGAUGGCAGUGGAGGCGAGCAGCGGCUCGGGAUCCUGCUCGAGUACGGGCUGCGUGGCGGAUCUGAACCGGCGGUGUCCGUCAGAGCUGAGGGUGGAGGGCGGCGACGCGUGUAACAGCGCAUGCGGGGCGUUUGGGAAGCCGGAGUAUUGCUGCAACGGGGAGUUCGGGUCUCCGGCGACGUGCAAACCGUCGAUGUACUCGGUGAUGUUCAAGUCGGCGUGUCCGAAAUCGUAUAGUUAUGCCUACGACGAUGCUACCAGUACCUUUACUUGCACGGCUGCCGACUAUACCGUCACAUUCUGCCCUUCUUCCCCUAGUCUUAAGACGGGUUCGUCGCCAAUAGGAACAGAUUCGUCUUCGGGAUCGUCAGUGGAAGAAGGUGCACUGGCUUCGACUUCAUGGCUAGCUAACAUGGCGACGGGGGCUUCUAUGAGAAAUCUUCAUCAUGGAGCUCCACUAUCUGCUUUUUUUGCGGCUCUUACUUUCAUUCUUUCUUUUUUUGUGUUGUAGUCUCUAGAAAAAAUGUCCUUUCUCACAUCACUUGUCAUCGUCUUUACUUUAUCGACCUUUCUGAGACACAGCAAUAGAAUCGACCACCACGUCACUGUGGGGUUGAACAAUAUUACCAAGAUCACUUGCAUUUUCUAUUUAUUUUCUUGCUUUGUGAUCCCCUGAAGUGAUUAUAAUGUAAUAAAUAGCAAAUUUAUCU